AUGUCUGGCAUCUGGCCCGACGACAUUCAGUGCGUUGCCCUGAUAACCUUCGAUGUGGACGGGGUGUCGUCCUGGUUGCGCCGCAACGCCGACUUUGCCAAUUACCCCAGCCUGCUGUCCAUGGCCGAGUACGGUCCCAGCGUUGCCACGCCGCGCAUCCUGGAUAUGCUGGACGCGCAGGGCAUUAAGGCCAGUUUCUAUAUUCCCGGGCAGGUCGCCGAAACCCACCCCGAGCUGGUGCGUGACAUUGCCGACCGCCAGCAUGAAGUCGCGCACCACGGCUAUCUCCACGAACCGCCGGCCACCAUGACGCCGACCGAGGAGGAGGAGGUGCUCAUCAGGGGUAUCAGCAUCCUCGGUGAACUGACCGGUGAAGUGCCGGUUGGUUACCGCUCGCCGAGUUGGGAGCUUAGCCCGGUGUCGCUGGACCUGCUGGCGAAGCACAACUUCACCUAUGACAGCAGCCUGAUGGGGGAUGACGCGCCCUAUUUCGUCUCGGGCGGCGACCCACCGCGUCAGAUGGUAGAACUGCCCAUUCACUGGCUGCUUGAUGAUGCACCCCACUUCGUUUACGCGCCUUCGGCCAAUCGCAUGGGCCCCAUGCGCAAUCCCGAUGAGGUGUUCGAUAGCUGGGCCGCCGAGUUCCGCGGCAUCUAUCGCUACGGACGCUGCUUCAACCUGACCAUGCACCCCCAAUACAUCGGCCGACCCGGUCGCUUGCUGAUGCUCGAACGCCUCAUCGAGUACAUCAAAUCCUUCCCCAACGUAAAAUUCAUGCGCGCCAUCGACCUGGCCCAGAUGUGGGAGCAAAACUGA